AGAGAGAGGAGCUGUGUCAGUUUUUGUAGCGUUUGAUUAGCCACACCCUGUGCUACAGAAGACACUUUCAGUUUUGUUUCCUGCUCAGGAUACAAACAUGGCGUCUGCUAAUCUGAGAGAGGAGCUAAUCUGCCCCAUCUGCCUGAGCAUUUAUACAGAUCCUGUAACUCUGAGAUGUGGCCAUAACUUCUGCCAGAGCUGUAUUAAGAGUGUGCUGGAUACCCAGGAGGGGUCUGGGGUUUAUACCUGUCCUGAGUGCAGAAAGAAAUUUCGUAACAGACCUGGGCUGCAGAAGAACCUGAAGUUACGUAACAUAGUAGGAUAUUUCAUUCCUACUCAUCAAGGGACAUAUUCUGGGAUCUCUUGCACUUACUGUAUUCACUCUCCUGUACCUGCUACUAAAUCCUGUCUGCAUUGUGAGGCUUCUCUGUGUGAUGCCCACCUGAAGUCACACAGCAAGUCUGAGGAACACGUCUUAACUGAACCCACCACUUCUUGGGGUAAUAGAAAAUGCUCCAUCCACAAGGAGCUGCUGAAAUAUUACUGCACUGAGGAUGCUGCCUGUAUCUGUGUGUCCUGCUCCCUGGCCGGAGAGCACAUAGGACACCAGGUGGAGAUGCUGAAUGAGGCUUCUGAGAAGAAGAAAGAGAAACUGAGAAUUGUUCUUCAGAAACUGAAAACAAAGAGACGUAAGACUGAGAAUAGAGUCCAGAGUCUGCAGGAGCACAGGAGAGGGGUGCAAGAGAAAGCAGCUGGUGUAACAGAGCGACUCACUGCCCUGAUUAGGGAUAUCAGGAAACAGCUGGAAGACCUAGAGAAGCGAGUCCUGAGUGACAUCACCCGGCAGCAGGAGCAGGUUUUACUCACAAUCUCUGAUCUGAUCCAGAGGCUGGAAAAAGAAAAGGACGAGCUGACCAGGAAGAUGUCUCACAUUGAGGAACUGUGCAACAUGACUGACCCAUUAACUGUCGUACAAGAACAGGAAUCACACAGAGAUGACUUUUGUGGUGCUGAGAAGGGAGAUAAUGAGGUCACACAGAGAGGUAAUAAACAGGUCCCUGCUGGGGUGGAUUUGGUUGAGGGUCUGAUCUCAGUGACCUUAUACAGAGGUUUAGCUAAUAUUGUGACUGAUGUAAAGAGAGGGCUCUAUGUGCAGGAGACAUCAGACAUAUUACUGGAUAUAAACACAGCUCAUAAUAAUGUUAUUGUAUCAGAUGACCUGAAAACUAUAUCCUGGUCAGAUAUAGAUAAGCAACAACCAGAAACACCAGAGAGAUUUAUAGAUCAUUAUCAGGUAAUAAGCACCAGGGGCUUUUCCUCAGGACGACAUUACUGGGAAGUGAAAACCAGGGAUUUAGGAGUCUGGAGGGUAGGAGUCUGUUAUCCCAGUAUAGGCAGGAGGGGCACGGAGUCUGUGAUAGGAAAUAAUAACAAGUCCUGGUGUUUGCGUGGAUGGUGUAAAGAUCUUUCAGUGCUGCAUAACACAAUACGCACCUCAUUACCUCCCACUCUAUCAUGUGACACAGUAGGAAUACUGCUGGACUAUGAGGCUGGGCGUCUGACCUUUUAUGAGCUGUGUGACCCGAUCAGACACUUGCACACUGUCACUGUCACCUUCACUGAGCCUCUUCAUGCUGCAUUCUGGGUAUGGGGUGAUGGUGCCUGUUUGAGAAUCCUGCGCUAGAUACACUAACCAUAAUAAUAAUGCUGCAUUCUGGGUAUGGGGUGAUGGUGCAUUCUGGGUAUGGGGUAAUGGUGCAUUCUGGGUAUGGGAUGAUGGUACCUGGGUAAAAAAAUCCUGUGCUAGAUACACUAUAACAGAAUAAUAAUUCGGCUAACUGUGAGCCAGUGAUGUUUGCGUAUUGUGUAUAAACUGUAUACAAAAUAAAAUAUUUGUUCAAGAAA